AUGACGGAGGAGGUGGGGCAGAAUCCGUUCGUCCCACAAUUUCCGAAGGCUAUGGGGAAGCUCGUGAGCGCGGCGUCGACUGCAAGGCAGUCAGGUUGUGGGCGCAGCGUCGGCUGCCAAGGCGGAAAGCGCGUGAGCGCGACCGAUUCCGAAGGCUAUGGGGAAGCUCGUGAGUGCGGCGUCGACUGCAAGGCGGACAGCUCGUGGGCGCAGCGUCGGCUGCCAAGGCGGAAAGCGCGUGAGCGCGACCGAUUUCCGAAGGCUAUGGGGAAGCUCGUGAGUGCGGCGUCGACUGCAAGGCGGUCAGCUUGUGGGCGCAGCGUCGACUGCCAAGGCGGAAAGCGCGUGAGCGCGACGUCAGUUGUCGCUGGUAUGGACAACCGCGCUUUUUUCAUGAUGGGUUGCAAAACCAAAACGGAGGUGGAGGAGAGAACUCGUGUACGAACGCAGGGCACAGCACUUACCAAGGCCACGGACUCGUCGUACAGAGCUACAACCGUGGCGGGGAUGCUCGUGGACCCAGUGCUGUACGCAUUCCUGAACAAGGGCGUGGACACGACGCAGCGCACAGCUCCGAGCAUGAUAUGGGGACGUGGCUGUAGCUUGGAUCUGCGCGGGGAAGCUCGUGAGCGCGGCGUCAGCUACCAAGGCGGAAAAGCGCCGAUUUCUGACGGCUAUGGACAAGCUCGUGAGCCCGGCGGUGGCUGCAAGCCGCGAUUUCCGAAGGCUAUGGGGAAGCUCGUGAGUGCGGCGUCGACUGCAAGGCAGUCAGGUUGUGGGCGCAGCGUCGGCUGCCAAGGCGGAAAGCGCGUGAGCGCGACGUCAGUUGUCGCUGGUACGAUUUCCUACGGCUAUGGAGAAGCUCGUGAGCGCGGCGUCGACUGCAAGGCAGUCAGGUUGUGGGCGCAGCGUCGGCUGCCAAGGCGGAAAGCGCGUGAGCGCGACCAAUUUCCGAAGGCUAUGGGGAAGCUCGUGAGUGCGGCGUCGACUGCAAGGCGGUCAGGUUGUGGGCGCCGCGUCAGCGGCCAAGGCGGAAAGCGCGUGACCGCGACGUCAGUUGUCGCUGGUACGAUUUCCGAAGGCUAUGGAGAAGCUCGUGGGUGCGGCGUCGACUGCAAGGCAGUCAGGUUGUGGGCGCAGUGUAGGCUGCCAAGGCGGAAAGCGCGUGAGCGCGACCGAUUUCCGAAGGCUAUGGAGAAGCUCGUGGCGAUUUCCGAAGGCUAUGGGGAAGCUCGUGGGUGCGGCGUCGACUGCAAGGCGGACACCUCGUGGGCGCAGCGUCGGCUGCCAAGGCGGAAAACGCGUGAGCGCGACCGAUUUCCAACGGCUAUGGGGAAGCUCGUGGCUGCGGCGUCGACUGCAAGGCAGUCAGGUUGUGGGCGCAGCGUCGGCUGCCAAGGCGGAAAGCGCGUGAGCGCGACCGAUUUCCGAAGGCUAUGGGGAAGCUCGUGGGUGCGGCGUCGACUGCAAGGCGGUCAGGUUGUCGGCGCAGCGUCGGCUGCCAAGGCGGAAACGAUUUCCAAAGGCUAUAGGGAAGCUCGUGAGCGCGGCGUCGACUGCAAGGCAGUCAGGUUGUGGGCGCAGCGUCGGCUGCCAAGGCGGAAGCGCGUGAGCGCGACGUCAGUUGUCGCUGGUACGAUUUCCGAAGGCUAUGGGGAAGCUCGUGAGUGCGGCGUCGACUGCAAGGCGGACAGCCCGUGGGCGCAGCGUCGGCUGCCAAGGCGGAAAACGCGUGAGCGCGACCGAUUUCCAAAGGCUAUGGGGAAGCUCGUGGGUGCGGCGUCGACUGCAAGGCAGUCAGGUUGUGGGCGCAGCGUCGGCUGCCAAGGCGGAAAACGCGUGAGCGCGACGUCAGUUGUCGCUGGUACGAUUUCCGAAGACUAUGGGGAAGCUCGUGGGCGAUUUCCGAAGGCUAUGGGGAAGCUCGUGGGUGCGGCGUCGACUGCAAGGCAGUCAGGUUGUGGGGGCAUCGUCGGCUGCCAAGGCGGAAAAGCGCGUGAGCGCGACAAACUAUUCCAGGGGAAGCUCCAGAUUAAGGCCGACCGUGUGGAUGAACUGAACGCCGGCUAUGCGUGCAGCAAUGUUACAGCACUCAAACUAUUCCAGGGGAAAUUCCAGAUUAAGGCCGAUCGUGUGGAAGACCUGGACUCCGGCUAUGCGGGCAGCAAUCGAUUUCCGAAGGCUAUGGGGAAGCUCGUGGGUGCGGCGUCGACUGCAAGGCAGUCAGGUUGUGGGCGCAGCGUCGGCUGCCAAGGCGGAAAACGCGUGAGCGCGAUGGCAGUUGUCGCUAGUACGAUUUCCUACGGCUAUGGAAAAGCUCGUGGCUGCGGCGUCGACUGCAAGGCAGUCAGGUUGUGGGCGCAGCGUCGGCUGCCAAGGCGGAAAACGCGUGAGCGCGACAAACUAUUCCAGGGGAAGUUCCAGAUUAUGGCCGAUCCUGUGGAUGACCUGGACGCCGGCUCGAUUUCCGAAGGCUAUGGAGAAGCUCGUGGGUGCGGCGUCGACUGCAAGGCGGACAGCUCGUGGCCGCAGCGUCGGUUGCCAAGGCGUAAAGCGCGUGAGCGCGACCGAUUUCCGAAGGCUAUGGGGAAGCUCGUGGGUGCGGCGUCGACUGCAAGGCAGUCAGGUUGUGGGCGCAGCGUCGGCUGCCAAGGCAGAAAGCGCGUGAGCGCUACGUCAGUUGUCGCUGGUACGAUUUCCGAAGGCUAUGGGGAAGCUCGUGGCUGCGGCGUCGACCCAAGGCAGUCAGGUUGUGGGGCGCAGCGUCGGCUGCCAAGGGCGAAAAACGCCGAUUUCCGAAGGCUAUGGGGAAGCUCGUGGGUGCGGCGUCGACUGCAAGGCAGUCAGGUUGUGGGCGCAGCGUCGGCUGCCAAGGCGGAAAACGCCGAUUUCCGCAAGGCCUACGGGGAAGCUCGUGAGUGCGGCGUCGACUGCAAGGCGGACAGCUCGUGGGCGCAGCGUCGGCUGCCAAGGCGGAAAGCGCGUGAGCGCGACAAACGAUUCCAGGGGAAGUUCCAGAUUAAGGCCGAUCGUGUGGAUGACCUGGACGCCGGCUAUGCGUGCAGCAAUGUUACAGCACUCCGAUUUCCGAAGACUAUGGGGAAGCUCGUGGGUGCGGCGUCGACUGCAAGGCAGUCAGGUUGUGGGCGCAGCGUCGGCUGCCAAGGCGGAAAACGCAAACGAUUCCAGGGGAAGCUCCAGAUUAAGGCCGAUCGUGUGGAUGAACUGGACGCUGGCUAUGCGUGCAGCAAUGUUACAGCACUCCGAUUUCCGAAGACUAUGGGGAAGCUCGUGGGUGCGGCGUCGACUGCAAGGCAGUCAGGUAGUGGGCGCAGCGUCGGCUGCCAAGGCGGAAAACGCGUGAGCGCGACGUCAGUUGUCGCUGGUACGAUUUCCGAAGGCUAUGGGGAAGCUCGUGAGUGCGGCGUCGACUGCAAGGCGGACAGCUCGUGGGCGCGGCGUCGGCUGCCAAGGCGGAAAACGCGUGAGCGCGACCAAUUUCCGAAGGCUAUGGGGAAGCUCGUGAGUGCGGCGUCGACUGCAAGGCGGUCAAGUUGUGGGCGCAACGUCGGCUGCCAAGCCGGAAAGCGCGUGAGCGCGACGUCAGUUGUCGCUGGUACGAUUUCCGAAGGCUAUGGGGAAGCUCGUGAGUGCGGCGUCGACUGCAAGGCGGACAGCUCGUGGGCGCAGCGUCGGCUGCCAAGCCGGAAAGCGCGUGAGCGCGACCGAUUUCCUACGGCUAUGGAGAAGCUCGUGAGCGCGGCGUCGACUGCAAGGCGGUCAGGUUGUGGGCGCAGCGUCGGCUGCCAAGGCGGAAAGCGCGUGAGCGCGACGUCAGUUGUCGCUGGUACAAUUUCCGAAGGCUAUGGGGAAGCUCGUGGGUGCGGCGUCGACUGCAUAGCAGUCAAGGUUGUGGCCGCAGCGUCGGCUGCCAAGCCGGAAAGCGCCGAUUUCCGAAGGCUAUGGGGAAGCUCGUGGGUGCGGCGUCGACUGCAAGGCAGUCAGGUUGUGGGCGCAGCGUCGGCUGCCAAGGCGGAAAGCGCCGAUUUCCGAAGGCUAUGGGGAAGCUCGUGGGUGCGGCGUCGACUGCAAGGCAGUCAGGUAGUGGGCGCAGCGUCGGCUGCCAAGGCGGAAAACGCCGAUUUCCGAAGGCUAUGGGGAAGCUCGUGGGUGCGGCGUCGACUGCAAGGCAGUCAGGUUGUGGGCGCAGCGUCGGCUGCCAAGGCGGAAAAGCGCAAACGAUUCCAGGGGAAGUUCCAGAUUAAGGCCGACCGUGUGGAAGAUCCGUCUAUGCGUGCAGCCAUGUUUACAGCACUCCGAUUUCCGAAGGCUAUGGGGAAGCUCGUGGCUGCGGCGUCGACUGCAAGGCAGUCAGGUUGUGGGCGCAGCGUCGGCUGCAAAGGCGGAAAACGCGUGAGCGCGACGUCAGUUGUCGCUGGUACGAUUUCCGAAGGCUAUGGGGAAGCUCGUGGCUGCGGCGUCGACUGCAAGGCAGUCAGGUUGUGGGCGCAGCGUCGGCUGCCAAGGCAGAAAGCGCGUGAGCGCGACCGAUUUCCGAAGGCUAUGGGGAAGCUCGUGGGUGCGGCGUCGACUGCAAGGCAGUCAGGUAGUGGGCGCAGCGUCGGCUGCCAAGGCGGAAAACGCGUGAGCGCGACGUCAGUUGUCGCUGGUACGAUUUCCUACGGCUAUGGGGAAGCUCGUGAGUGCGGCGUCGACUGCAAGGCGGACAGCUCGUGGGCGCAGCGUCGGCUGCCAAGGCAGAAAGCGCCGAUUUCCGAAGGCUAUGGGGAAGCUCGUGGCUGCGGCGUCGACCGCAAGGCAGUCAGGUUGUGGGCGCAGCGUCGGCUGCCAAGGCAGAAAGCGCCGAUUUCCGAAGGCUAUGGAGAAGCUCGUGAGUGCGACGUCGACUGCAAGGCGGACAGCUCGUGGGCGCAGCGUCGGCUGCCAAGCCGGAAAGCGCGUGAGCGCGACCGAUUUCCGAAGGCUAUGGAGAAGCUCGUGGGUGCGGCGUCGACUGCAAGGCAGUCAGGUUGUGGGCGCAGCGUCGGCUGCCAAGGCGGAAAGCGCGUGAGCGCGACGUCAGUUGUCGCUGGUACGAUUUCCGAAGGCUAUGGGGAAGCUCGUGAGUGCGGCGUCGACUGCAAGGCAGACAGCUCGUGGGCGCAGCGUCGGCUGCCAAGGCGGAAAGCGCGUGAGCGCGACCGAUUUCCGAAGGCUAUGGGGAAGCUCGUGGGUGCGGCGUCGACUGCAAGGCAGUCAGGUUGUGGGCGCAGCGUCGGCUGCCAAGGCGGAAAACGCGUGAGCGCGACGUCAGUUGUCGCUGGUACGAUUUCCUACGGCUAUGGAGAAGCUCGUGAGCGCGGCGUCGACUGCAAGGCAGUCAGGUUGUGGGCGCAGCGUCGGCUGCCAAGGCGGAAAGCGCGUGAGCGCGACCGAUUUCCGAAGGCUAUGGGGAAGCUCGUGAGUGCGGCGUCGACUGCAAGGCGGACAGCUCGUGGGCGCAGCGUCGGCUGCCAAGGCAGAAAGCGCGUGAGCGCGACGUCAGUUGUCGCUGGUACGAUUUCCGAAGGCUAUGGGGAAGCUCGUGAGUGCGGCGUCGACUGCAAGGCGGACAGCUCGUGGGCGCAGCGUCGGCUGCCAAGGCGGAAAACGCGUGAGCGCGACAAACUAGUCCAGGGAAAGUUCCAGAUUAAGGGCGACCGUGUGGAUGACUUGUGCUCCGGCUAUGCGUGCAGCGAUGUUACAGCACUCCGAUUUCCGAAGGCUACGGGGAAGCUCGUGAGUGUGGCGUCGACUCCAAGGCGGACAGCUCGUGGGCGCGGCGUCGGCUGCCAAGGCGGAAAGCCGCGUGAGCGCGACAAACUAGUCCAGGGAAAGUUCCAGAUUAAGGGCGACCGUGUGGAUGACUUGUGCUCCGGCUAUGCGUGCAGCGAUGUUACAGCACUCCGAUUUCCGAAGGCUAUGGGGAAGCUCGUGAGUGUGGCGUCGACUGCAAGGCGGACAGCUCGUGGGCGCAGCGUCGGCUGCCAAGGCGGAAAGCGCGUGAGCGCGACGUCAGUUGUCGCUGGUACGAUUUCCGAAGGCUAUGGGGAAGCUCGUGAGUGUGGCGUCGACUGCAAGGCGGACAGCUCGUGGGCGCGGCGUCGGCUGCCAAGGCGGAAAGCGCGUGAGCGCGACCGAUUUCCGAAGGCUAUGGGGAAGCUCGUGAGUGCGGCGUCGACUGCAAGGCGGGCAGGUUGUCGGCGCAGCGUCGGCUGCCAAGGCGGAAAGCGCGUGAGCGCGACCGAUUUCCGAAGGGCUAUGGGGAAGCUCGUGGCUGCGGCGUCGACUGCAAGGCGGACAGCUCGUGGGCGCAGCGUCGGCUGCUCAGGCGGAAAGCGCGUGAGCGCUACGUCAGUUGUCGCUGGUACGAUUUCCGAAGGCUAUGGGGAAGCUCGUGAGUGCGGCGUCGACUGCAAGGCGGACAGCUCGUGGGCGCAGCGUCGGCUGCCAAAGCCGAAAGCGCGUGAGCGCGACAAACGAUUCCAGGGGAAGUUCCAGAUUAAGGCCGAUCGUGUGGAAGACCUGGACUCCGGCUAUGCGCGCAGCGAUGUUACAUCACUCCGAUUUCCGAAGGCUAUGGGGAAGCUUGUGACGAUUUCCGAAGGCUAUGGGGAAGCUCGUGAGUGCGGCGUCGACUGCAAGCAGUCAGGUUGUGGGCGCAGCGUCGGCUGCCAAGGCGGAAAGCGCGUAAGCGCGACGUCAGUUGUCGCUGGUACGAUUUCCUACGGCUAUGGGGAAGCUCGUGAGUGCGGCGUCGACUGCCAAGGCAGAAAGCGCGUGAGCGCGACGUCAGUUGUCGCUGGUACGAUUUCCGAAGGCUAUGGGGAAGCUCGUGGCUGCGGCGUCGACUGCAAGGCGGACAGCUCGUGGGCGCAGCGUCGGCUGCUAAGGCGGAAAGCGCGUGAGCGCUACAAACUAUUCCAGAAGAAAUUCCAGAUUAAGGCCGAUCGUGUGGAAGACCUGGACGCCGGCUAUGCCGAUUUCCGAAGGCUAUGGGGAAGCUCGUGGGUGCGGCGUCGACUGCAUAGCAGUCAAGGUUGUGGCCGCAGCGUCGGCUGCCAAGCCGGAAAGCGCGUGAGCGCGACGUCAGUUGUCGCUGGUACGAUUUCCUACGGCUAUGAAGAAGCUCGUGGGUGCGGCGUCGACUGCAAGGCAGUCAGGCUGUGGGCGCAGCGUCGGCUGCCAAGGCGGAAAACGCGUGAGCGCGACAAACUAUUCCAGGGGAAGCUCCAGAUUAAGGCCGAUCGUGUGGAUGAACUGGACGCCGGCUAUGCGUGCAGCAAUGUUACAGCACUCCGAUUUCCGAAGGCUAUGGGGAAGCUCGUGGCUGCGGCGUCGACUGCAAGGCAAUCAGGUUGUGGGCGCAGCGUCGGCUGCCAAGGCGGAAAACGCAAACGAUUCCAGGGGCAGUUCCAGAUUAAGGCCGACCGUGUGGAUGACCUGGACGCCGGCUAUGCCGAUUUCCGAAGACUAUGGGGAAGCUCGUGGGUGCGGCGUCGACUGCAAGGCGGUCAGGUUGUGGGCGCAGCGACGGCUGCCAAGGCGGAAAACGCGUGA